UGUUUAAAUAGCACCUGAAAUUCUUCGUCAACUUCAAUACGAUUUUAGAAGCCUUUGGAAUGUGCGGCACUCGAUUCACCGAAAUCUUUGUAUAUGUCUAUUGCUUGCUGAGCUAAUCUUUUUGUUUGGCAUUGAUGCUACUAGAGUUCGUAUUUUGUGUUCAUUCAUUGCUAUAGCUUUGCAUUAUCUCUUUUUGUCCGCAUUUUGUUGGAUGUUACUCGAAGGCUACCAACUUUAUUUAAUGCUUAUUCAGGUUUUUGAAACAGAUGAAACAAAAAUAUUCCUCUACUAUCUCUUCGGUUAUGGAUUUUCUGCGAUUAUUGUUGCUAUCAGCGCGGGAAUUAGUUUCGAGAACUAUGGAACCAUAAAUUAUUGCUGGUUGAAUGCGGAGACGCCAAUUAUAUGGUCUUUUGUUGGUCCAAUAUCAUUUAUUAUAUUUGCUAACCUUAUUUUCCUAUUUGCGGCCUUAAAAGCAGUAUUAUCGGUGAAAAAUAGUGCUGUAAGCCGUAGCAUGAGGAUCUUUGGCUGGCUCAAAGGCUCUACUAUGCUUCUUUGCCUAUUGGGAAUUACAUGGACAUUUGGAUAUCUCAUGGCAAUUGCUCCUGCUAAAACUAUUUUCGCAUAUAUUUUCACUCUUCUAAAUUGCCUCCAAGGCGUUUUCAUUUUUAUAUUUCACGUGGUAAUGAACGAAAAAGUUGGAACAACAGUGGUAAGAUCCAUAAAAACUUGUAUUUGUGGAUGUGAUAAUUCCAAUAUUGGCAGCAAUAUCAGCAGUCAACCAUCAAAAGGAGACUCACAUCCAUCAUCUAAUAGCACUGGACUCAAUUCACCUGGAAACAAGUCACUAACUCCUCAAGAUGCGCCACUUUUUACUUUCACUGCUUCAAGUAAUUAUUUAAGAGGAAAAAAACAUGCAUCGAUGUCGAAAUUUCAUGCUAAUAUAGAAAACCUCUAA